AUGGCUCCCUCCCAUAACCAUCAAGGGUCAUGGGACUCUCUUUCCUCUGCCUUCGCCCAUCUCGAUGUCUCAUUCUCGCAAGACAGCUGCUACGGCUCAGACGAAGUUUCGGUCUCAUCGAACAAUACAGCCCCACUGCAAUCCAGUGUCUCUACGUGCAUCGCGACUCGCGAGGAACCAUCCUUACACCCGUUUUUGAAAUCCAUCCUGAAGAAACCGACCACCGUCUUGGAUGAAGAAGAAGAAGAUACCGAAUCUGAAUCUGGCUAUGGCUCAGAUGACAUUGGACUGGACUACGAUGCCCUAUCCGAUGACGAGGACGAUGAAGACGACAUGUCUGACUUUUCUGUCUGGGACGACGAAGCACCAGAUGAUGUCCUCGAAACUCGCGGGGACCAUACCGAUUCAUUCGACGACUCCUUCAUCGGCUUUGAACCCGCCGUCCGAUUUGACCCCAAAAUCCAAUAUAUCGAUACUUCAGACGCUAAGCCGACAGAGGAUGAAUCGGAAUCUAACUCUGAGAUGACUGCGCAUGAGAUGAUGCUUCUUGCUCAAAAGUCUGGCUCGUUGCAAGGCUCCUGGCAGUCUGAUGCCGAUGAUGCAUCUGACGAUGAGUGCGACCUCAAUUGCGAGGCAUUCUUCCGCUCAAACGCACCUCAACUUGAGGACUUCACCCGUGACGCAGUGGAUGUCGACCAGCGCCUCUUUAUCGCGUACAUGAACGGGAUUCAUGGUAUCGCCGACUCGAAUUAUAAGACAUACCUCCGUGUCCAGGCAGACAAUAUCAGACUUGGCCACGAAACUGAGUCCAUGCAUCCUGAUGAUCCCCCUUGUAUGUAUCUCGACUUGGUCCUUAACCACGUCAUCGGUGUCUUCCGGAACCUUCUUGCUGCGGAUGAACUGGAUGACCUGAUUGCACUCCGCAAAGAAGAUUCAACGAUUGAACCCCUGGAGCCAAGCAAAGAAAACGCUACCAGUCCUGACACAAAUACACACCUAGCUCUGCUUGACAAGAUCGAAAAAUUUCUUCUCAACCGGUUGACAAAUGGUUGCGUGGAUGUUCUUCCUGAUGAAAUGAGUUUCUUUGCUGGUGGAAUCGCACAUGCACUUGGGACUGAUGACUUGCCUGCUAUCGCCUGA